UCCUUCAGUAAUGACACUUGUCAGUGGAGAAAGGAAGUGAACCGGUCUUAGCCGGUCAUCGUUAUCGCCGGCGAAUGUUGCCCGUAUUACGGACAGCUCUCAUUUCAGUCGAAGUCCGUUCAUCCUCUUUGAAGCCUCUUAACUCUCGAUCAGCUCCGUCAUUUGGAUUUUCAAUCACCAUCAAAUCCAUUCUAAGUGAGUGCAGAAGCUUUAUCUUGUAAUUGUCAGUCUGCGGUCCCAUUCUCGGAGCAGCUACGAUUUCAUCGGUGCUCGGAGAAUUCCACAUCCAACGAGCGAAGCGGAUCGCAUCCUUGUACGGCGAUCUUUCUGACAUCGCAUGAAACAGUUCUAAAAGUGGAUCUGGCCGAGUUUGGCGGUCGGCUUGUUUUAGGGUUUUCCUGAGCUUGUUAUUCUCGUUUUCGGCUUUUUCAUUUGCGUGGCCUUCGUUUCUAUUCGAUCUAAUAGUCGUCUGGAGUUUCAAUUCCGGAACUGUAUUCGAGUAUGGAUUGGAGGGGUUGACUGUCUGUGAGUGGCUGCUUUAGGACUGGAUGGAAGCUGCCUGUUCUGAUAAUUCCGUUUCUGAAGAUAUUGGCUCAGAGUCAAAUCUACCAAGUCUUAACAGCAAGGAGUCAAACACUGAAGAUCAACAAAAUGCCUGUAGUAAUAUGGAAGAUACUGUUGAGAUGGAGAUUCAAGAGGAAUGUAAUUAUUGCUCUGAAAACAAGGAAGAUGAAGUACCUGUUAAUGGAGUCCAUCUCCAAGAUUCCCAUGCACAGUUAUCUGAAAUUGCUGCAACUUCUGAUGAGGAUGAUUUGGCUAAUUCUAUGGAGAUCAGUACUUCUAUGGAAUCUGGUUUAUCUGUUUCUUUUGAUGGUAGUGUGGAGAAGUGUUUGAGCAAAUCUGCAACAUUCCCUUCCUCUGAAUUGGAGUUUUCCCAUCCCUGUGAGGAGGAGAUUCCGGCAUCAACAACACAUAAGCCUUCUGUCUCUGCCGCUGCACCUUCCAACCUCGUCUCUGCCAUGAAAGGAGGCCGCGCACAAAAUGGGAUAGCUUUGAGGUCGGAUCUGCAUGUAAAAUGGGCGCCGGAUGUCUAUGAUCCGCCCACCACAAGCUCCCGGCGGCCACAGUCGACGAAGCAGAGCAGCAAUCACCCACGAAUUAAGCCGAAGAGAAAGGAUAAACACAAAGAAAAGCAUCCUAAAGGCAAGAAGAAGCAUGCGAAGGGGCAUACCUGAUGAAGAACCUUUCCCAGCAAGGUCAGUUUAUCCUUCAGAAAUUGUCUUUCUACUCUAUGAAAAAUAUUUUGUGUUUUACUUAUAAUGUAACAUCAUGAUUUGUUUAGUAUAUCCUUCCUUCACAAUGUAUCAUGUUACAGGAUUCUUUUUUGUUUGGUGAACCAAGAUAUUGUUAGCUUCCUUUCAGACGGCUUUCUUACUGCUUCUUAAAGUAACUUUUUAGUUAAACAAUUGUAAUUUUUAUACUAGAAAGCCGCUUUAAGAAGCAAGAAGAAAGCCAUCCCAAACGAAGUCUUAGGUUGGAAGAUGGUGAUCAACAUCUACUAAUGAAACUUGAAGGGAAUAAUAAGACAGGAGCUUCCUUCAGGUGAAAAAUACUGAGGAAAAUUAAUCUGUGGAUGUGGAUGUUCUUUAUAUUCACAUGUGUUAGAAAUAUUUUUCUUUC